AUGUACAACACAAGUCCUUACUUUAACCUCACCAUGUUUGUCAACAUUGACUCGUACCGCUACCCUGCGUUGGUCACAUGCCUCCUUCUCUACAUCUUCAUCGUGUGCGCCAACAGUGCCGUUGUGCUGACUAUCUGGCGUGAAAAAACCCUUCACGAGCCCAUGUACAUAUUCGUCGCUAGCUUGUCCUUGAAUGCCCUGUACGGCUCCAUGGGCUUCUUCCCCCGCUUUCUGUUGGACCUAUCGUCCAACGUUCACCUUAUUUCACGUGCCGCCUGUUUCACGCAGAUUUACAUCAUCUACUCAUAUGCGGGCCACGAGAUGACCAUGCUGUGUCUCAUGGCCUACGACCGCUACCUAGCCGUGUGCCACCCGCUUCACUACCACACCAGGAUGACGGUGAAAAAGGCCUUGACCCUUGUCACCCUGGCGUGGGUUUUGCUAGUCUUCUUCCUCAUCAUCAUCAUCUCCCUUUCCGCUCCGUUACCCUUGUGUGGCAACGAGAUCCAAAAGGUGUUCUGCGCCAAUUGGAAUGUGGUUAAACUGUCAUGCGUGCCCACAGUGGUCAACAAUAUUGUGGGCAUGUUCAUAACCAUCAGUACCGUUUUUCUCCCGUUGGUUUUCGUCCUUUUCACAUACACACGCAUUAUAAGUGUCACCUGGAAACGCUCGGCGACUUUCAAAAGGAGAGUAUUUCAGAGUUGUUUGCCGCACGUUGUCUCAUUUGUCAUUUAUUCUAUUGCGAUAUUUUGUGAUAUCUCCUUGAGCAGGUACGACGUGGAUGAAAUGAACCCCGUUGUACCUAUAAUCUUAUCUCUGGAGUUUGUUGUGAUUCCGCCACUUCUCAACCCUUUGUUGUAUGGUUUGAAGCUGUCCGGUAUACGCAGAAAUAUCUUCAGGAUGCUCUAA